GAUAAUAAAUUUUUCGGUGAUUCAGAAAUGAUUGAAGGUCCUCAAGAAUCAUCUGAACGACAGUAUCCAAGACAACAAAUAUCAACUGGUGAAUAUUUAACAAAUCAAUUAUCAGCAAAAUAUCAAAGUUCAAUAAUACUACAAAAUCCUCGAACAUUUAGUGAUAGUGAUAUUGAUUUAGAAAAUGAGUUAUCACCAAAUGACUAUAUAAGAGAAUUAAAAGCUCAACUACAAUCAGCAUUAGAUCGUGAAGCAUCAUUACGUCAAAUGUUAUCUAGUCGUGAAGCUGGUAUGCGUGAAAUUGAUCAAAAAGUAGAAAAUAUUGAGAAUAAAGAAGUGAAAGAUAAUUCAAUAUUCAAACUACCCAAAAAUAUUUCAGCAAAUAAACUAAGAGAUAUGAUUGAAGAUUAUGAACAAAAACAAAGAAUUCUGAAUAGAAAGAAUCAAUUCUUGAUUACAGAAAUUCGUGAAUUAGCUUCCAUCAAGUAUAUGUUCACAGAUCACUCAAAUAAAAUGUCCAAAUACAUUCAGCGUUUAAACAUGGAAGGAUUUAAAUGGCGACGUGAAUAUGUUAAACUAUUACAAGCAUGUCUUGGUGCUACACAAACAGAUCCACAUCAUCGAUUAAUGUUUAGUGAUUAUGGUAAAGAUCGAUAUAAACAUUUAAUCAGUGAACUAUUGGAUGAAGCAAGACGUAAAGAUCCAAGUUUACCAACAAUGAUUAAACCAAAAACUGCAGAUUAUCAUGUGGAUUUUUAUGGAUUCAAGCAUAGUUAUUUAAAUGAAACCAGUAUUAUUCAUUAUAGUUGUCAACAACUAUAUGACUUUUAUACACGUCAAUUAUCUGGUGGGGAUGAAAAUUUCUAUCGUUGGACUGAACUUUUAACCCAAGCAAAUAGAGAAUUGACAAGAGCUGAUUUAGAAGUUCUUUGUCGUUCUGGUAUACCUAUUCCAUAUCGUGAAGGUGUAUGGCGUAUGUUAAUUCAUGGUGAAUUACAUCAAUUAAUGCAAAUUAAGGGACCAUUGUAUUAUAAUGGACUUUUAGAAGAAUUCAGUGAAAAUACACUUGCAGCUCAACAUAGACGUCAAAUCUCACUUGAUUUAUUGAGAACUAUGCCAAAUAAUGUACAAUUUGAUAAUAUUGACGCUCCUGGGGUACAAAAACUUCAAGAAGUUUUACAAGCUUAUAGUAUACAUAAUUCUAAAAUUGGUUAUUGUCAGGGUAUGAAUUUUAUAGCAGCUGUUGCAUUGUUAUUCUUAAGAAAAGAAGAUGCUUUCUGGUGUUUAAUUGCUAUAUUGGAACGAUUUUUACCGGAGAAUUACUUUAAUUCUGGUUUAAUUGAUGCACAAGUUGAUCAACUUGUAUUAAAAGAAAUAGUAAAUGAAAAACUACCACGUCUAUCAUCACAUUUAAAACGACUGGGUAUUGAUAUAUCUGCAGUGACAUUAAAUUGGUUUUUAGCUGUAUUCUAUGAUUCUGUACCAUUUGAAACAUUGAUACGAAUUUGGGAUGUGUUUCUUCUAGAAGGUUCAGAAACAUUGUUUCGAUUUGCAGUGGCAAUUCUUAAACGUAAUCAAGAUAUGCUAUUGGAACAAAGUGAUACAAUCAGUUUUUGGAAAUGUCUUAAAGCAGCAACUCGAUUAACCAAUGAUGUUGAUGGAUUAAUUAAAACAGCUUUUGAAGAACUUCGACCAUUUCCUAAACCUCAACUAAUUGCAACUCGUCGUGCUUAUCAUUAUGAAAUAUUAAGUAAAAAAAUGUCUAUAAAAAAAGGAUAUUGGCAAAAUGUUAUGAAAGAAUCACCGGAUGAAUUUAUUGAGAAUCAAAAUCACAUUCAAUACAAACGAUCUACUAAAGAAAACCAAGCUGUAAUUCAAGCAAUCACGUUUUAUGAUAAUGAGCAUUUGUGGAUUUGUCAUGGUGAUAAAUCAUACAGCCAAAUUUCAGAAGUUGUUGUCACAUCAAACUGUAUGCAAAGUAUCGGUUAUGAAUUGGAAUCUCGUGUCAGUUGUAUAUGUGCAUUUAGUAAUGAAAUUAUUCUACUUGGUAUGAUGUCUAAACAAUUAUGUGCUUAUUCAGUGAUACAAAAUUCGAAAAUUUGGCAAAUUCCAAUUCAUGACAGUGUCAGUGAUUUAACUUUUGCAUACUUUUUACACGAUCAUACUAAUAAAGUUUAUGCUGGUUUAACAAAUGGUGAAUUAGUUGUUAUUGAAAAUAUUGGCUUUGAAGAACCACGUGAUUCUAUAUAUUACAUUACUAUUAGUUUUAUUCCAAUAUCAUCUGUACUUUUGGCAAAGAAUCAAUUAUGGUGUGCAAGUGGUAGUUCUAUAUUCAUUUUUCAUGCUAAAACAAUGGAUUAUUAUAAACAAAUUAGUAUAUCUAAUAAUCCAUUAGAUGUAAUAUUAAAAAUAUGUCUUGGUGAUAAUGGUGUUUGGAUUGCAGUACGUGGUAGUUCAGUUAUUGAAUUAUGGGAUCCAGAUCGAUUGAUACGUAUACUUUUAUUCAAUAUUGUUAAUGAAACUUAUUUAAGUCGGAGGCCAGAAGAAGAGUACACAUUUAAUCCUCAACGAGUCACUGUAAUACUUCCCUAUGAUAAUACAUUAUGGAUUGGUACAGGAAUGGGUGAAGUUUUAGUUUAUCAAAUUCGAACUUAUCAAAAAACAGAAAACAGAAAAAGUUUCGAAAAUAAUGUUCAAAUGACCAAACAUAAACGUUCAAUGUCAUUAAAAGAUGAUUUACAACUGAAUGAUGAAACAACAUUGAAAACGUUAUCGAAAUCUACACGUUAUCCUUCAAAUCCUGAUAUUAGUCAUGUACCGAACAAGGAUCCAGAACCAUUAUUUUAUCCAUUACGUCAAAAUUCAUUAAUAUUAGAAUAUGCAAUUGAUUCAAGUCAUAUAUAUGAAUUACAAAAAAUUGUACGUAGUAAAGUAGCUGAAACUCCUAUACGUUAUUUAGUUAUGAAAAAAAUUACAGAUAGCCAUGCACUGAUUAUUUCAUGUUCAACAUAUUUCAAUGAUGAUGAUGCUGUACUUAAAUGGCAACGUGAUAUUAAUAAUGGUUCAAUUUGGACAAAUGAACCAAUUUAUGUAUUUGAUCGUGAAAGUCGUUCACUUCGAUUACCAGCUUAUAUGCGUAAUAGUUUAUGCUUACAAAUGCAUAAUAAAAAAUCAAUUAUUAUGAAUUAAACUUUAUAUAAAUACAAGUACAUCUUAUCAUUGACACACACACACACACAUACACAUACAUACACACGCACUUUGGCACAAGAUUUUCCCAUUUAAAUAAUAAUAAUAAUAAUAAUAAUAA